AUGUCCCAACGAACGCUUCCUUUGCUGAUAAUAAACCUCGGCGGAGAAAUGCUCUACAUUCUGGACCAGCGCCUUCGAGCGCAGGAUGAAAGCGAUGAUAAAACUCACAGAGGUAACUGGACAGAAGAUGACCGAAAAAGAGUAUUGAAUGAUAUAGUUGGCACUAUGUUCAGUAAGGUGUUUCUAGAGGAGCUCUUGCAGCCGCAGGAUCUGUACACCCAUCGAGCCUUGCGGACAGUUCUGACACGGGUAGCACAUGCCUCCAUCAUGCGUCUCAACCCCGCCAGCAUGGACAAGCUGUACGAUUUGAUGACUAUGGCCUUUAAGUACCAGAUCAUUCGGUGUCCCCGUCCACGAGAUUUACUGCUUAUCACCUUCAAUCACACUGACACCAUCAAGGAGCUGGUCAGAGACAAUCCCAGCCUAGUUAACCAGAUCAACGAAGCCCAGCGACAGCUUAUAGAGGAGUACAUACCCUUAUCAGAUGGUGAGUUCCAACUCAUUCGACACACACUGCUGUUUCGGUUUCAAGAUAUGCAAAUCAGGAUCUCGAUUUUCUUGAAAGAAAAUAUCCAGAAUCUAAACGGGCAUUUUGUGCUGCCGACCUCUGGGCCAGUGCCACACGGAUUUGAGGUCCCUGGUUUGAUCAGGUGGUUUAACGCUAAAUGUCAUGAGGUGAGGAGAACAGGGUUUUCCAGUGGAGGAAGCUACUCAGGCGCUCUACGCGAGGGCUCAUUUGACCUGUCUGGAGACAGAGUCACACAUUUGGGCACAAACAUGUACAGUGCACCCUCACCUAAAGACACGCACCCAUCAGCCACCACGAGUAAACAAAAGCAGGUCGACACAAUUCCCAACCCUCUGGCCACAGAGGAACUGAACCUGCUUGCUAAACUCAUGGGUGGAAUGGAAGUGCAGAAACUCCUGAACGUGGAUGCUGCAUUCAGAGUGAACCUGUUGGCCUUUGACCAGGAUGAGGACAGCGGUGGAAUUUUAGAAGGGGCGGAGCAACAGUCACCCAGAGUUAUUAACAUACAAGCGACGCAGGAUCAACUCACCAGUACUGCGCUGGCACGCAUAGCAGGAGAGUUUACCGGAGAGGGAGACCAGACAGAUGGACACUGGGACAAAGGAGAUGACCUGCUGGCCAUGAUGGAUGAUCUCUGAAAGACAAUCAUUGUAGAAUGUAGACCUGGUGGACAGAAGCAUGUGGUGGGUCUGAAAAUGCCUGACAUAUUGUACGCAUUCAGAACAGGAUUAGUAACAAGCUGGAUCAGUUCAUCAUUUUUGUACAUGAAAAUGUGUAAUUACAGCGUUUUGCAUUUGCAGGGCAGUAUAUGGUACAUACCAACCAAGUCUCAUAGAAUGAACGUUACUAAAACAACAUUUUUGCAAACGGACUUGUACGUGCCACAUUCUUCGUUUGUUGCCGUUUCCUGGUGAAAUGAACAGGUGCUACAACAAUUGUGCGUUUUAUUUACUUACACAAAUCAUGACUACAAUGGCUGAUUAUGACUGGGUGUUACACACACACACUGCUGCUAUGAUAUCGAAACACUUUUACCACAAAGCAUAAUUUGAAAAAUUAUAAAUUGUAAUGGUUAUAUCACAGACUCACCUAUAUUU